ACCCCAUUACAGAUACUAUUUCAGCAAAACCUAACCUUCUCUUCGGCUUACUCUUCUUCUUUCUCCAGUUCUUCCUUUCUAAUGGCGGGAAUCAAACCCGAUUGAAGCAGAAUUUCUGAAGACCUCCUCUUCUCCAUCGUGAAACUUCUCCCAGCACGAAUCGAUAUCCUCCGUUUGCGCGCCGUCUGUCGUUCAUUUCGCGCCACAAUUCCUCUUCCUUCAGAACAAUACCCAUUCCCACACUCUAUUCUAGCCACCACCGACUUCCUCAAAGGCCCAUACCCAGAUGAAGAACACCACUUUGACUUCACUGUCUCCACUGUUUACGCCAUCGAGCCCCUCAACAAAACCUCCCAUACCCACGAAGAAGAAACUCCUCAAACGUGGGUGGUCAGAGUCCAAGAGCGAAACCCAGAUUAUCGGGUUACUGAAAUAACUAAGUCAUACCAACUUGUAUCAACUGAUGAACAGCAUAUUGUUGUGAAAUUGAUAUUUUCAUCGUCUCUUGAUGAGAAUGAUGAUGAGUUUGCUGUUAUGGCGAGAGAUAAUGAUACGAAAGAACUAGAAAUCUGGAGAAAUUUAGACAAGAAAUGGAGUAUAAUCGACAUGGGACUUCAAUAUCCUGAGGUCUUGGAGGAUAUCAUUUAUCAUAAUCACAAGUUUUAUGCUGUGCUCCCCAAGGGCCAUACUGUAACUGUGGAUCCUAAAUCUUUGACUGUUACUGGAGUUGCAGAAAAGCUACAGUUGGAUUGGAAAUAUUGGAUGAUAUACUUGAUCGAGCUGAAUAAUGAUUUGUUUUUGAUUGUUCAGUUCCAGGAGUACGAUGAUGAUGAUGAGUAUAAUAUCGCGCUUUUUAAGCUUAAUGAAGAGAACCAAAAAUGGGUUCCAGUUGUGGAUGGAUUAGAGGUGGAAGAUAGCGUAUUGUUUGUGGGUAGAAGGCGUAUUGCAUAUUCAUUUUCGAUUAAGGAGGUAGCAGGAUGUAAAGGGGGUUGUGUGUACUAUGCAGAUUAUAACUCAGUUAUUGAAGAUUACCCUGGACAAGAUACUUGGAUUUGUGACUUCAAAGAUCAUGUAGUUGGGCAUCUCCCAGGUUUUCCAGGCUAUUUGAACCUUUUCUGGCCUCCUCCAGCUUGGUUGAAGUAAAUGUUUCUUUGUUCUAGUCGAUUCCAUUUGAUUUAUAUUUAUAUGUGUAUGUAUCUCCAUUUCCACUUUCUGUGUGUUGCUCAAUUUUCCAUUGGUGUUGAAAUGAAAUGAAAUCAGUCAAUUCUCAAGUAAAUUUUUCUGCGUUUCAACUAGUGUUCUGUUUCCGGUUUUCUCCGCUUGCAUAUUUUAGAAAUAUAAAUAUUUGUUGCAAAUUUCAAAAGCUUAUUAUGUAUGAUAAUUUGCCAGUAAUGCUUGAUUUAUCUAUAGAGUUUCCUCUCUGCCUGAAAGAGAACGGUAUAUUAGAUAUUCUCUAAUGUGGAGACAUUUCCUUGUAAAGCUAACAGCAACGCAUGAUUAGUAAAAUUUCGUGUUCUUGUAAUUUUUAUCUGUAGAGGUUUUAGGGUCUGAAUUGUGUGUCGUUCCGAAGAGAAAAUAGUUGAUGUGUGUAUGUAUGUAUAUAUGGUUGUUAACUUCAAAAACAGGCAAGAGCUCACUGCCCGUGCUUGGGAGAAACAGAGAAGAUUCAGCAGAGAUGAUUGUGACGAAACAUCCCAAGCCUGAUGCUGUGAUGGUUAAAGAAGGAAAUAUGGUGAAGAUUUGCGGAUAAGGUUUGAUUGUCAGUCGACAAGCAUGGAAGGGUGAAACAAAUGCUUACCAAUCGAGCAGAGAAUGGUGAAAUGAAUGCUUGACUAUCUCCUCCUACUGAGUUUGCAAAAAUUGGUUGUUAGUUUUAUGUGUUAUACUUGUUUGUAUAAAAAUCUUGGGGUUUGAUGUAUAAGGUUUUUGUUAAAAGACAACUUAAUACGUACUUGUAAGGAUUAACUCUUAAGUCAAUGAAAACUUU